GUUAGCCGGAAGUGUUCAUACGUUUCUAUCAGCGUGUUGUUUAUUGCCGUUAGCGGGCAACAUAUCGGAACCUCGUGAAGUACCGCUCGUUUCCUCCACACAAGCACCCGCGACACCCGACCGGGCGCCCGCCUCCACCGUCCCUCCUCCCCGCGUCGUUAAAUAUCCCGUCCCGUCACACCGGAGUUAGCCCGUUAGCUCGGUGUCAGCUAGCCGGUAUGAUGUGGACCUCAUAACGCAGCGACGUGACGUCACGAUAAGGAUCGCCACAGCACCGAUGGCGGCUCGGCAGCAAUUCACGGACACGGACACCGCCGACGAGGCCGUGAGGGCGACCUGUGACGAUGCAACCACAUGCAAGCGGUUUGCUUCCAGUAAAGGCUACUGGAAGGACCCCUACAUCCAAUACUUUGUGAGAUCAGUCGGGGAGCGGAAGGCCCCCGAAAUCAACCGAGGUUACUAUGCGCGCGUUCAAGGAGUCAACCAUCUCCUGGACGCGUUCAUACGGAAAGCAGAGUGUGAAUGUCAAGUCAUCAACCUGGGGGCCGGACUGGACACCACCUUCUGGAGACUCAAGGAUAAAAACCUCAUGCCACGGAAGUUCUUUGAAGUUGACUUUCCAACAGUUGUGGCCCGGAAAAUACACAAUAUCAAGACGAAGCCCCCCCUGUCCAAACCUCUCAUCGAAACCCACUCAACAGACUCCUUGCUACUCGACGCCCAGAGCCUCGACUCGGACCGGUACUGCAUCAUCGGGGCGGACCUCCGGGACAUCUCCAGCCUGGAUGACAAACUGAAGAAGUUCCAGCUGAAUCCAGAAUUACCCACGCUGCUCCUGUCCGAGUGUGUGCUGGUCUACAUGACGCCCUCCCAGUCCUCCAAUGUCGUCCGCUGGGCCGCCGAGACCUUCCACACCGCCAUGUUCAUCAACUACGAGCAGGUGAACAUGGGCGACCGCUUCGGCCAGGUGAUGGUGGAGAACCUUCAGCGUCGCCAGUGCAGCUUGGCAGGAGUGGAGGCCUGUCAGUCUCUGGACUCUCAGAAGGAGCGGUUUCUGAGGACGGGCUGGCAGCACGCGGACGCCCUGGACAUGAUCACGGUCUACAGUAUGCUGCCCCGCGCUGACAUGGAACGAAUUGAGAGUCUGGAGUUCCUGGAUGAGAGGGAGCUGCUGCAACAACUGCUGCAGCACUACAGCAUCUGCUGGGCCACCAAGGACAAGCUCAACCUGGGUCUGUCACAGUUGGCCUUUUGAGGGUGAAACUCCAGCGGCGGACGUGCUGCACACUCGCCCAUGCCAAAGUCUGGUGAAGAUGGGGCGACUGGAGA